UGAGUUGCAGAGGCUCUUACAUGGUCAGUUCCAACGGCCAUCACUUGUUUCCUGACGAAUAUUACUCCGCCCCCUUCAAUGUUUGGACAACAAGCAUCCAAUCGACAUCAGAAGGCUCGCGAUGCUAUCUUGACCGUGUCGAGCAUUGGAAAUGCAAGACAGACAUGGAGCACGAGUACCUCCUCGUCUAUAUUCAUGACCAGUCGGGAUAUACUGGUGUCAUGGCCAUGGACAGAAAUGCUUCUGAGGAUGAGCAAUUCUCUUCUCUGACUUUGUCACCUUCGCUUGAUGGUUCAUUGGCGGCUAAUGGUCACUCGAAUUCGAAGUCCACGACGCCCGCCUUCGAUCGGGUGGAAAUAUCACACGAUGGCUCAAUUGAUUGUAUUGUCGAGCGUCGCGGCAUGUCUGUCCUUCUCACCACACUCAUCUUUCCAAAGGUCACUCCCACCAUCCAUCAGCUCUCCGUCCUACUCCAGAUUGUUCAUGAAGAAUGUCCGCAUUAUGCACCCCUUCAGCACCAGUGCUACUGGUUUGCACGGUCUAUCUUCGUCACACUGGCCGAGCUAUUCGAUGGGACAGAGAACCCUGAUUCAGAGAAUAUCGCGUUGAUGUCGACGUUCCGAGGCACGCACGUUUCGCUUUUCGAAGCAUCCAGUGCGGCCAUCCAGAAUAUGCUCCUACUCCCUGUAUUUGAAUUUCCGAUCCUUUUGAUCCCGGCAUCCUUGAUGGCUUUAUAUACCACCGUCAAACUUUGUCACGGGCACGUUGUCUCGAGUGAGAAUACAAGGAGGGAGGU